UAUGUUAUUGUUCCAUAAUAUCCAUUUGUCCCGUUUAUCGAUUCGUUUGCGACUUGGAAAAUAAAUCUUUAGGAAUCUCUUCUAGAUAUAUUACAUAAUUUCACAUAAUAUUGCCAUAUAUUAUAAACCCGAAAUAGUGAACAACCAACAUGUCGCAAGGUAUACGACGUAUGAAGUAUCCAUAUACCUUUACCGCGAAGAUUGCUCAGUUUCCAUACAAAUAUUACUGGAAACAUAGUUGGCUGUAUAGAUAUUUCCUCCUAAGCUCACUCAUAACUGUGCCCAUAUUCUAUAAAAUUCAAAAAUUAUCAUAUGCUCCUGAGAAUGUUGCGAAAUGGGACAAAAUCCAUCAGGAAAUGUUCUUCGGCACUCCAGGUGGCCAUCAUUGAAG